AUGAAAAAGGCGUUCGAAUACAGCAAGAUGUGCGAUGCAGAUGUAUGCGUAGGCAUUCGUUUGCGAGAGACGGGUCAAGUACACAUUUUGACAGCAGAUGAUUCGGGGUUUUGGGCUUUCAUUGCCUCACAAUUGGUAUGUUACAAGCUACUCACAAUGGCCAGAAGCUCAGCUGGACAGUCUAAGGCCUACAGCGUGGCUAAGUCACUACGACAGAAAAGAGAUCGACGCAAGAUAUCACUAGAAAAAAAGUCGCACGAAUACAGCAACAAAUGCGGCGCAGAUGUAUGCCUAGGCAUCCGGAUUCGAGAGUCAGGGAAGGUAUUCAUUUUCUUUGCGGAUACAUCGGGAUUUUGGUCCUUUCUUGGUCCUCAUCUGGGUGCCUAUUACCCAACGCCGGUUCAGAGGACUGAAAAGAACCUCUAG